GUUCCCUCCUAUUGAGACGCAAGAGGCAUAGACACCAGCUUGCAUCCGAGCACAACAACACCAGCCUCCAUCAGUAAAACAAGACAGUAACAUAUCCUUUUCACAAAAAUCUGAAUAAUACCGGUGGAUUUCGCCGAGAAGUUGCAUGUGCAGGAGUGCUUGUGUUCUCGAGCGGGACAGCAGGAAUGGGAUACCCGAGCAGAGGAUGGAUGCUCCUGGUUUGGGUCGCUGCUCUCAGCCUGCUUGGAACAGACGGUCGCAGAGUGAGGCAACCCAGAUGCCCCACUGGAUGUACCUGCACCAAAGAUAACGCCCUGUGUGAGAACGUCCGAUCUGUACCUCAUGCUUUCCCAUCAGAUGUCGUUUCACUAUCUUUUGUCAAGUCUGGAUUUAAUGAAAUAACAGGAGGAAGCUUUGCUCACACGCCUGCCCUGCAAUUACUAUUGUUCACAGCAAAUUCCCUUGACCUGAUUGAUGAAGAUGCGUUCCUGGGUUUACCACAUCUUGAAUACUUAUUUAUUGAAAAUAACAGAAUUGCAUCAUUAUCUCCAUUCGCGUUCCGGGGCCUGAAAGCUCUGAUUCACCUGAGUCUGGCUUACAACAACCUAGAGACACUGCCCAAAGAUGUCUUCAAGGGCAUGGAUGCUUUGACCAAAGUGGAUCUACGGGGCAACAACCUGAUAUGCGACUGCAAGCUGAAGUGGUUGGUGGAGUGGAUGCACCAUACCAAUGCCACCCUGGACCAGAUCCACUGCAGUGGCCCACCCAUCCACCAGGGGAAGAAGCUCAAUGACCUUCUCCCACAGUCUUUUGACUGCAUUGCAUCAGAGUUUGCUUCCUAUCAGUCAUUGAAGUUUGAGUCCAUUUCGGUGGAGGCCUUCACCUUUGGCAAAGAUCAGUAUGUUGUGUUUGCCCAACCGUUUGCUGGGACAUGCAGCUUCCUGGAAUGGGAUCACGUUGAGAUGACCUUCCGAACGUAUGACACCAUUGAAAGCACCUCCACUGUGGUUUGUAAGCCCAUGGUGAUCGACAAACACCUCUUUGUCAUCGUGGCUCAGUUGUUCGGAGGCUCGCACAUUUAUAAACGCGACAUCUCUGCCAACAAGUUCAUCAAGAUCCAGGACAUUGACAUCCUGAAGAUUCGCAAACCUAAUGACAUUGAGACAUUCAUGAUCGAUGGGGAGUCUUUCUUUGUCAUCGCUGACAGCUCUAAGGCCGGCUCCACAACAGUGUACAAAUGGAACGGUAACGGCUUCUACUCCCACCAGUCCCUCCACCCGUGGUUCCGCGACACAGAUGUAGAGUAUUUGGAGAUCUCCAACAAAGCACACCUGAUCUUGUCCAGCAGCUCUCAGAGGCCUGUAGUCUACCAGUGGAACAGGGGCCAGAAACAGUUCGACCGCAGGACAGAUAUCCCGGAUAUGGAGGAUGUGUUCUCUGUCAAACACUUUCAGGUCACAGGUGAGCUGUUUAUAUGCCUGACAAGAUUCAUCGGGGACUCCAAGGUGAUGCGCUGGGACGGCGCCAUGUUCAAAGAGGUCCAGACAUUUCCUUCCCGCGGCUCCAUGGUGUUCCAACCCGUCUCCAUCGGCAACUGGCAGUACGCCAUCUUGGGCAGCGAUUAUUCACUGACACAGGUCUACCAAUGGGACACCAAGAGGGGCCAGUUUGUCCCAUCACAGGAGCUGAAUAUCCAGGCGCCUCGGGCAUUUUCUCUGGUUUCUAUUGACGACCGGGUGUUUCUGCUUGCAUCCAGCUUCAAGGGAAAAACUCAAAUAUACGAGCACCUCAUGAUCGAUUUGAGUAAUUAAACACAUUGUCAGUUUGGGAAAAAUUAUCUACACUAACAUUUGAAUGAUUUUUUUCCCUGUGAUUUUAAACUGAACUUCAAGAUCACGUAAGAAAUCCACCAGCAAUUUUCACUUGAUGUUUAAAAGAGACAGGUCCAAACAAGAGCUGAAAUUUUAUGAACACAAUUCAUGUCUUUUAGAUGACGUGGCACGAGUGUGUAUCCUACACAGUCCUUUCUGCCACUGUUUUGCAGCCUAAUGCAACUCUGUCAUUUUUUUAAACAGCUUGUAUUUUCAUCUUGAUUCCUUAAGAUUAGGGAAAGCCUUAUUACCCAUUUGAAAACCUGAUUCCACUCAGAGUGCGA